AUGGACCCGCCAAAUUUGGGGGCGCUUGACCUUUCCGACUCGGACGAGGACGCUUUGUUUGACACGCCUGCCGCGCACAAGACCAAGAAGAAGACAAAAGAUGUAGACAGUGAUGCGGGGGACGGUGCAGCAGACGGGAAGACACGUUCAAAGGAGUCGCAUUAUACUACAGAAGAAGCGCGUGAAGCAGCCUUGCGCAGGGAGCUGGAAAGCAUAAGGAACGUCAACAAGGUCAUAGAGGGCGUUGUCGCGAGCCUGCAAAAGGCGAAGGACAACAUGGCUACUGUAUCACGCACUGUUCAGAACGCGUCUACCCUGCUCCAGACAUGGACUCGCAUACUUUCCCAAACCGAACACAACCAGCGUCUGAUCCUGAACCCUCAGUGGCAGGGUGCUACGCAAGACCUGGUCGAUAUCGAGGAAGAAGAAGUACACCGUCAGCAGGCUGCACAACGCCGGGCGGCAGAAGAGCAGGCGCGGAGAGAAGCUGCUGCGAGGAAGAUCGAGGAAGAUCGCAGGAAGGCAGAAGCAGCCCCGAGAGCAGGCACACGAGGAAGGGGUAGGGGCGUUAGACCACGAGGUGCUUCAACAUCGUCCACAGGAAAUUAUGUUGGUGUGGGAGGACAGGCAGGACGUGGUGUCAGUCGCAGCGACUCAACACGAGGUCGAGCUGGCAGCGGCAUAGGACGAGGGCUGCCACGGGGAAGGGGAAGAGGCUUGGGUUGA